GCAUAAAGUUAUUUUCAGAGAUGUUUGAAACUGGUGCCCGGUUAAAUUAUAAGCAAGGUAAUUAUCAUGAGACCUGCAAGAUGGGUAUCAGUCUCCUAACUCGAAAACGCUGUCCAACUACCAAGAAAUUCCAUCGCAUCAAAACCUUCACGCACUCAGCUUUCACUUUCUUAUUGCUUUCUUAGCAAAACAGUUGAUCCCGAAGCCCUCGACACAAUGUUUGACUUUGGAAGUCGCGCCGGCCAGAGAAAGAAAUUGUUAGAUGAAGCAAAUGCAUCUGCAACGCCCAGUCGCGAUAGAACUGAGCCCUUGACCUUGACAUCCGCAGGUGCGGAUAUUCGAGUUAUCCCCAAGCCUAGCUCGGCCGACCUCAUUGAAAAUGCAAGUUAUAAUGGACAGCGACUUGGACUGUUCCCGCUGAAAGCGGACAACACGGAUUCUGAUUCCUUGUCUCCAACUUACCAUCUUGACGUCAUUGCUUUACACGGCUUGAAUGGGGAUGCAUUCGAUACCUGGACCAAUAAAAACAAACAAAUGUGGCUUAAAGAAUUCCUGCCACGUUCGCUACCUGGAGCAAGAGUCUAUACCUUUGGGUAUGAUUCGGAUAUCUUCAGUCGGUCCAAUGCCGAUAUUGGAGACUUUGCUCGCAGAUUAUUAUCGCAAUUGAACUUGGAACGUCAGUCUGAGGCGGAUAAACGACGCGGGAUCGUGUUCAUCUGCCAUAGCUUGGGAGGAAUUGUUUGCAAAAAAUCCCUAAUUCUUGCUCAUGAAAGCUCUCGAUACGUAAAUAUUCUCCAAUCAACCAAAGCAGUUAUAUUCUUUGGAACUCCCCAUUCUGGAUCGGAACAAGCAGAUUUCCUAUCGACGCUGGUAAAAAUUGCAAAUACGGUGGAAUCGGCAUCUAAGUUAAACCACUUUCUUGGCAAACCGAGACAACACCUCGCAGAUCUGCUCCGACCUCGUUCAGUGGAGCUUGAGAACAUUUCUAUGUCUUUUACGGAUAGAACUAAAGGGAUUGAAAUUGUAUCCUUUUACGAAGAGAGGGUGAUGCCACCUUUCAAAAGUGAGGUUGUACCACGCAGCAAUACUAGAAUUGGCGUACCAAAUGAAGAAAUGAUUCCGUUGGCGGCCAACCACAGAGAGAUGUGCCGACUUGACGAAGACGCCCUUGCAUUUCGGAAGAUUGUACAGGUCUGUCAAACACACGGGGUGCAGAGUAAUGAGCGAGAUUUGACUCGUCCUCUCAAUCUCCAGGAGCAAGAGUGUCUCAGGGCACUUAACACAAUUGAUAUGAACGAUUGUAGGGCUCAACUUCGUCCACGAUCACCCGGCACUUGCGAAUGGAUCUCAUCGAAUAACCAACUUCGAGAAUGGAUUUUAGACGAACACUCGAGCCUCCUCUGUAUCACUGGAGACAUGGGAAGUGGCAAGUCAAUUCUCACCUCAUAUCUGGUGGAGCAGAUGAAGACGAUUUUGGCCGUAGCAACACAAACCGACUCUACUACGAUAGUCGUGUGUUCGUUCUUUUGCGAUGACAAAGACGUUGGUCGCAACCACGGCCAGGCGAUUCUGCGUGGUCUCUUAUACCAAAUCCUUACCCAGCGCCAUGACCUGAUGGAGCAUGCCACUGCGAGGUUCUCAGAGGUUGCGCCAGAGCGAUGGUCAAUUCUCGUACUAUGGGAAAUACUGAGGGAUAUUAUGCUCAACCCUAGAACUGGAACAAUUGUCCUCAUCAUAGACGCAAUUGAUGAAUGCGAACCUUGCUCUAGAGGCAGGCUUUUGACUGCCAUAAAGCAGUUCUUGAUACAAAAGCUCGAACCGCCUUCCACCGCUCUCAAACUUUUGAUGUCAAGCAGGAACAAUGUCGAUAUCACGGAAGAGAUUGAGGAGUGCUCAGAAAUCAUCUGCCUCGACGAUGCGGCCGAAGUCAGAGGAGUCGAACAGGAUAUGAAGCUGGUAGUUAAAGACCAGUUGGAUGCUCUCGCAAUCAAAGCGAAGUGGCCAGAGGAGAUAAGGCAAAGCCUGGAAAGGAGAAUAGUGAUGAAAGCCGAUCGAAAUUUCCUAUGGGUCAGUCUAGUGAUCCAACGUCUCAAAGGAGGACCACAAACCAAGAAGUAUUUCGAGAAAGUUAUCGAGGAAAGUCCAAGGGAUCUUGAUGGCCUCUAUUGCCGCAUUCUCGCCGAUAUCGAAACCGAAAAUCAAGCCCUGGCUGCAAAGAUUCUGCGUAUUCUAGUUGGCUCGUUCAGGCCCUUAGCAACGGCUGAGAUACAGAUUGCUUUGGCGAUUGAUUUAGACCAUCAGACACUGAGGUCAGUAGAAGAGGAGAGUGACAUGGCCGUUGAAAGGACAAUACGGCUUGUGCUGGGUCCACUGGUCCACAUCCAUGACUUCCAAGUCCACCUUGUACAUCAAUCGGCGAAGGAAUUUUUGUUGAGACUGGCUAGCGGAAAAGUGGCCGACUUGAGUAGCUUUGAGCUUGAUCUGCCAAAAUUGUUCUUGACGAAAAUGUGCCGGCAUUUCUCGAACUCCCAGGUGCUACUGAAGAAAGUCCGUGGUCAAUGGACCAGAAGCCCCCGUUCUUUGAAUACUCUGCUAGUCAUUGGACAACACAUCUCUGCUGGCUGGGGGUAUCUACGCCGCAACAUUUACUGGAAUCAGCAAUCCGCAUCUCACGUCCAGGCACAGAUUGUCUCUCCAAUUGGUCUGAUCAAUAUAGACUAUCGUCAAAGGAUUAUGUGACGCUGCCCAAGGAUCUCGACCCACUCACUGUGGCUGCCUUUUUCGGCCUUGUUCUGCUCGCCAACAAAGUCUUAGAGAUGUAUCCAUCAGAACUUCAAGGCAAGAGUAAAUCUCUUGCGUUAUCUUGGGCGUGUAGAAUGGGU